GAGUCUCCAAGUGUCUGUGACUGAUGAAGUAGGCUAAUCGCCAUGCCGAUCACUCAUCUGUUGCUGUCUGUUUACAUUGCCACCUUCCUGAUCGGGGUACCUGCCAACAUCCUAGCAUUCUGCACCUUUUGCCAAAAGGUGCGCCGCAAACCUGCCCCCAUCGACAUCCUGCUACUCAACCUGACCAUCUCCGACCUCAUCUUUCUCGCUUUCCUGCCCUUCAAGAUAAAGGAGGCUGUUGAUGACAUGAACUGGAACCUCCCCUUCUUCUUGUGUCCAGUCACUGGUUUCCUGUUCUACUCCACCAUCUACAACAGCACCCUCCUCCUGACCGCGGUGAGUGUGGAGCGCUACCUUGGUGUAGCCUUCCCUAUCAGAUACGCCCUGUGUCACAGGCCACGCUAUGCUGUGGUGGCCAGCAUCAUAUGUUGGGUGGUGUCAUCACUGAACCUUAGCGUUGUGUACAUUGUGCCCUGCUCCCAAUGGAUAUAUAGCAAUGGGACCAUUAUAGACGAUCCCCCGACAACGUGCUACCUGAACUUCACCCAAGACCAGCUCAGCAUCCUUCUCCCAGUGCGUCUGGAGCUAUUCCUGGUCCUCUUCUGCGUCCCCUUCCUGGUCUGCACCUUCUGCUAUGUCAACUUCAUCCGUAUCCUGUCUCGGCUGCCCAACAUUGGGCGGCGGCGGCGCCUGCGGGCCAUUGGGCUGGCACUGGGCACCCUGUUGGUGUUUGCCCUCUGCUUUGGGCCCUACAACGUAUCCCACGUGGUGGGGUUCGUCCGGAAAGACAGCGAGAGUUGGAGGGAUGUAGCGUUGCUCUCCAGUACCCUCAACGCCUGCCUGGACCCCAUCAUCUUCUACUUCUCCUCGGUGGCUGUCAGGAGCAUGCUCAGUCACUGCUUCAGGAGCUUCGUGGCUACACUACACAUUUUAAAGUGUGAGAGGGGUCAAGUCUGAUAGGGGUCAGCCUCCAAGACUGAUAAAUACAGAAAAACAUUCCCCCUUGAGUGUUUAUGUUCCAAUUAGUCAUGCAUGGAGAUUUAUGUAUGUUCAGUGCAAUUAUGUGUAUUAUAUGUAUUAGGUAUAUUCUGUUAUGUUAUGUAACUGUUGGCAAAGAUCAUUUAAUUCCUACCUAUGAUAAAUUACGUUCCCUAAAGGUGUGCCACAAUUAUAGUAUAACCAUUACCCACACCUCCACAAACCAUAUUUAUAUUUAAUUUAAAAAAUCAUGAAUAAAUCGAUCACCCGUAUUGUUUAUAUUACAGUACAUGUGCUCUAACCAGUAGGUUACAUCCAAUAAAAAAUAUACUUGUUUUAUGGGGCUUGGAAUAAAUAAAUUAGAACCAGAAGCUAUAAGAGCACAGAGGUGGGUGUGAAAGAUGUCCAAUUUUGAGUUCAUUUUGUGUAACAAGCGUGUAAGGCAGGAUGUGCAAACAUGGGGAGAUUAUACAGCACUGAGUCACAGCGUCUCAUGCUUGUCUUUCCGUUGCUAGGAACUGUAAACAAAUCGACAACCGCUCUCCUUGUGCCGGUCUUGAUAAAUACAGAUAACUGCUCUUUAUAGUGUCCUGUGAACUAGUUAUGUUUGUUAUUAGUUUACAAAUUGUACACUCAGUAACAUUAUAGAUUCAAUGGGAUUGAAUUCAGAGGGAAAUAAAUGAGUGCCUUGUUUGACAAGGCAGAUUGACAAUUAGGGCUGACCCCAUUUAGUCGACUGGUCAGUUGUUUGGUUGAUAGGCUGUUGUUCGACGGAGAUUUUUUUAGUUGAGUGCUCAAACAUUUUUUUUUAUGCCACACGAGACACCCGCCUGUUUCGUGCCUGUCUCAGUGGACUAAUCCAUUGCGGAGGCCGCAGGGAUGGUACAGUCCAUCACUCUAAGACAUAUAUGUGCUACAGUGGAGGCUUGUGGGAGGAGCUAUAGGAGGACAGGCUCAUUGUAGUGGCCAGAAUGGAAAAAAUGGA